AUGAUCCGUCAUUUUAUGAUAGCAUUCACGAAACUCCUUGUGCUAUGCUUACUCUUGGUUCGCGUCCUUGCCGCCGAAUCCAACUCUGACUCGCAGACAUUGCAGCUCUACACGCUUUGUUGCAUCGAUGGCCUCGCCACCGCAGAACCAGCAGAGACGACUAAUGUCGUUCCCUUUGAUAAUCUCGCCCAAAAGCUGCCUGAAGCCUUCAGCGCGCUGGAAAACCAGUUUUCAAACCCCGAGUUCCAGGCCAUGCUGACAUCGCAGCUCAACAACCCUAAUGCCGUGGAAAUGUUCCAGUCCCUGAUUCACGAUCCUAAUGCAGUCAACUCCAUCUCUUCCCUACUUGAAGACCCCGCAAUUAAAAGCUCAUUAAGCGCACAGUUUGUCGAGGAGUACCUGUCACCAACAAGGACUGUAUUGGCCACUCCCAUGCACACUCCUGAGGCUACGGGCGACCUGCUGGGCUCAAAGGUUAAGAAUAACUUUGAGUCAGGCUCGUCCAAGCACACCAACGUUGGUGCUACUAGUCGUCCGCGCGCCUUGGUUAUUGGGUGCCUUCUCACCCUGCUUUUCAGCGCAUUGGCUCCUGUUUAA